CCACAACAACAAACACCUCUGUGGCCGGUCUCCAAGACUUCGGCAAACUUUCAAAGAGACAACAGCAAAGGCGUAAAGCUUUCCUUGCCUUGAGACAUUCUGAUUCAGUCUGUCCGAAAUCUUACUAGCAAGUGUCAUUUUUCUCUAAUAACAAGAUCGCUCCAAAUAUGACGAUACGGGCCGACGACGAAGAAGAAACGAAGUUACAUGUGGCCGUACGAUUGCACAACUUGAAAUUAGUUCGCGCUGCGCUGCGCGAUCGGGGAUUAGAUAUCGAUGCUUUGGGGACUUGUGGCUGGACAGCUUUGCACGAAGCUGCUUCAUGCGGCUAUCAGGACAUUGUAGAGCUUCUCUUAGAAAAUGGGGCUGAUCCCAAUAUUCAGGACAGCGUGCAAAAAUGCACCCCCAUUCAUCUCGCUGCGCGGAAAGGUCAUUUGGAAGUAGUCAGGAGUUUGGUUCAAAGUGGAGCGAGGUUAGAUUUGAAGAAUUCUGAAAGAAAAAUACCUCAGGAUUAUGCCCAAGAAGAGUGCAGAGUGUUUCUAAUGAGACAACGUAAGUAUUGAUUGUUUAAAACUUCAGGGCAUGUAGAUAAAAACCAUCACAUUUGGUUAGGACAGAAACCAUUGAAUGAAACUUGCAUUAUCGAUGGUUAAUAAAUGUAUCAUCUGUGCUAUUCAAAAGCGGAAGAGCGAUUUGUUGAAUGUGCCUGAGUAUUUGAAUUGUUUAAAAAUGUUUUGUGAAUAUCCUGACAAGAUUUUAGUUUCGCUCAUUCGAUUUUUUUAUGUAUGAAAACUUUAAAAGUGACCAAUGGACAUUUUUGUAAUCGAUUGAUUAUCGAGUUAUGUCAGCUGUCUGGGAAAUGUUUUCAGGAGUAAUUCGAGGAAUCAGCAGAACAAUUUUGGGAAUAUUGCCCUCGAGGUUGCGAAAGUAGAGAUAAGCAAUAUUUUUAAUUGUGAAUGGCGUUUUAAUACGUAACCCAAUACGUGUAUACCAUGUGAUUACCAAUCUUUUGUCUCGAUCGCUCCUUUGUUCUGUCGUUUAGACGGGAAAGUCGAGAUUUGUAAGUCCGCGGUAAGCUUAAUACGUGGAUGUUUCUUCUGUAUCUUACAAACUAUUGGUUACGCCAUAACAACAAGUUCUCGACGAGUAACGUGUUUAGUAUAUAAGCUAACAAAUCUAAGGAAAGAAUGGAAAGAAACUCGUGCUAUUUAUAUAACUUAUAUUAAAACUACAUUUUUUCGCUUGGUUGUUGUUUUUUUUUCAUAGGAAUCGACGAUGUUGUAAAGUUAAGCCCGUCUCCUGUAGAAGACAACCAAUCUGUUCAAAGGGUAAGCUACGUGUAAUUUGAUCAAACUGUUUUUUUUGUUUUUUGUUGUUGGCUAUUAAUUUAUUAACUUAUUGUGUAAACAAUAUCUGUAUGAACAGUAAUAUUUGUUGACAUUGCAAGUAUGAAAGUCCAUUUAUAGUUUAGGCUACAGUGAAUGUUAAAUAAACUGAAAUCACGUACACAUAAUGAUUAUUCUAUACUCUCUGGCAGGUGGACAAUAUGGUAGACUAAGUCUAAAAUAAAUAGACACUAUUUUGUUGUUGGUUAUUAACUUAGUAACUUAUUGUGUAAACAAUGUCUGUAUGAACAGUAAUAUUUGUUGAUGUUGCAAGUAUGAAAGUCCAUUUAUAGUUUAGGCUACAGUGAAUGUUAAUAAACUGAAAUCACGUACACAUAAAUGAUUAUUCCAUACACUCAGGCGGUUGGACAAUAGACUAAAAUAAAUGGACAAUAUUGGUGGAUAAUUAAAAAAUUAUAUUCAUACGUGGAGAAACUGCUUUGCAGAUGGGCAGAUUGGUUAGCUAAAUUAAACAGAUCAAAUUUUGAUCUGUUGAAUUUAGGGACAUUGGUCCUGUCACUGACCCAAAUAUUGAUAUCAUCUUGUUCAUGCCAGAAAAAAAAUUUUCUACAUUUUUGAGUAUUCAAAUCCAUUGGUAUCCCAACAGGUUUACGGUGGUAGAUCAAGCCAAAGCCCAGUUUUGAGCAAAGUGCGACGAUCAUCUCCACAGUGGUCUGAAAGCUCACAGAGUUCAACAGAAAGCAUGUCAUCAACUUGUUCAGGUUGUUAUUCUUUUUUAAAAGUCAUUUUUAUGUUUUAUUAAAAGAUCAGAGUUGUAAGAAGAGAAAGGAGUUAAAUGGAAUCAGAGUCAAAAGAAUGGGAAUGUUUUUCAGUUUAUUCUGAUUCCUUUUAUGACUGUGUCGCACAUGAUCUAAAGACUGUUUGAAUUCAAGAGAAAGUCAGGUUGAUUUUCAUAAGAUUGUUAUCAGGGUCAAAACCUCUUGCUGUCACUAGCAUGUGCUAACCCAGUAGUAACUUUAACUACUGUAGCCCUUAAACAAAAUUGAUGAGCAUUGAUUACAGUUCUGUUGUUUGAAUUCCCUCAAAAAUAUGUUACUUGUGUAUCAAGCAAGUUAAGAACAGAAUUCACUAGCCUGAUAGCAAAAUCCAUUAUAUCCCUGGGCUGUCAUACGCUACUUUAUUUGCAUGCUGUGUUAUGCUAUGUGUUUUUUGACUUCAAUUCAUUUGCAAAGGAAAAUCAGUCAUAAGCAAGCACAAUGUAGCAUUUAACUCGAUAUCAUCCAUAUAAAAACUGUGUUCUGUGUUGUGCUGCCUUGGUUCAUCCAUUGCCGAAAGAAUUUUUUGUUAAUUAAAUCGAUGGUAAUAUUCAAAAAUAGUAACAAGGAAGUUGAGCAGACCCAAAAAGGGCAUUGGUUGUAAUUAGAUUUUUAGAAUAAUUCUAGAAAAACCAAUCAACCAAUAUGAUUUAAUAGUAUUCACAAUCUUCAGCUGUGGAUUAACAAUUCAAAAAUCCACUUAGGACAUAUUGUAUGGACUGCAUUCCAGAAUAAAAAUAAAUGGAAAUCACUUCUUUUGGCAUUCAUUAAAUUGCAAUAUCUAGAAAUCAGCUUGAAAUAAAAUAUUCUAAUAUAUGUAGAGUUGAAAUGGCCCAAAGAUCACAGUAGAAGAGUUUUGUAACGAACCAUUUGCAUAUUCUUAUUCCAGAACACAACCAAUUGAACACACCCCUAGUCUCAGACAUUGAAAUAAGAAUUGCUAUAUAGCUAGCGGAAAUUAAUAGAAGUUUCAAAGCUUCAAAGAAGAGAUGCAGGGCUGUGCCCUAGCAGAGCCCGGUGGCCCCUGGCACUUAACUUUUGCUCUCGGGCGACGAGGAAAUCUUAGAUUUUUCAUACAGCACUGGGCUCCCUACAAUUUUCCUUAGAGCACAACCUUGAGAUGUAGUAGUAAUUGCUUACCAAGUGCCUUUUGUACUAUAGGUUCCAGUGAAAGCUUCUAUGCAUCAUCACCAGAUAUAUAUCAACCAGGUAUGCAUGCCUUCCAAAUUGUCACCUCUUACUAUUGUUAGAAAUACAAUAUUAUCUUGAGUUGCUUAGUAAAAACACUGUGUUUCCAACAUAUUCAUUUGGGAUAUCAAAAGCAGUUAUUUGACAAGAAAUCCUUUACAUAGAUGCAAGCAAAGUAAACCUGUCCUAAAUAGCUAUAAUUUGAAUCAUUCAUCCACAGACUCAACUUUUGGAAGUGUCUUGUACAUUGUAAGAAAAGAACACCUUAGAAAAGUACUUCUGAGUAUUGAUCUAUUUGAAUUAGUCCUUUUAGGAAUUAUCCAUACUGGUAUAGCAGUCCUUUGAAUCAUUUUAUUUACAAUUAUGUGGCAGUGCCAGGUUUACAUAAUUGAAUAUCUUAUUCUUUUUCUUGUAGGCCCAGGGGAGAUUAAGGUUGCACUUGACUUCAACAGAUCACGACAUACACUGAUAGUUCGAUUGGAGGAAAUCCGAGAUGUCAAGCUACCUGCAGGUAUAAAUGGUAGAUUCCAUGAAAAUGAACUUAAAGACUCUUGAUAUCAGUUGAAGCUCUAAAAAACCAACAAAAAAUUUAUGGCUUCCUAAGUUUAUCAUGAAUAUACUUAAAAUUCCCCACUUUAGCCUUGGAUAAUAGUAGUCUAAAUCCCAUAAUUUUCACAUUGCAAGGUAUUCAACUUUUUACCCCAUGAAAAGUAAUGUGGAAUCAGGGAAAUUCUUGCUACUGGAGUCCAGAAUCCAGGAAAUUUUGGUUGUGGAAUCCAGACUCCUCGGCUUUGGAAUCCAGCUUUCAGCCUUACGAUUAGAAAUCCUAGUUCCACGGAUACCAAAUCUGGAAUCCAAAGCUUGGAAUCCAGAAUCCGAGACUGUCUUAGAUUACCCUACGGAGGGGAAAAAACUUUGUCUUGCAGGAGUACAUGGGAGUCAAAGAAAAUUUCUCUUGAUUUUUGGCAGAUCACAACCUGUCUCAUGUUUAUGUUAAAUGCUACAUUGUCCCUGAUUUCAAGAAGGCUACCAAGCGGAAGACAGCUCUCCACACAUUGUUGCAAAAUGAUGGAGGGCGAAGUUCAAGCGACAGUGUCGCCAGCUGGAGCAGUGAGGACAAUAAUUUGGGGAAACCUUCGGAGAAGAGUAGGGGUAAAAAAUUUGUUUCAUCCCUGAGAAGAGGGUCACGCUUCUCAUCCAAGAAGAAGAGAGACCAGGAUCAAGGUAUUUCUGAUGAAAAUGCUAAUUCCUCUGUCUAGGUUACAAACAUUGAUUUUUGCCUUCUUAAGUGCUUAUCAAGGGGUUUUCCUUAACACUGCUAUAGCACUUUCAACUCACCUUAAGGACAGUUUUUCACCGGUUUUGGUCGAGCAGGAUGUUACUUUGUCAAAAAUUUUCCCCUGAUGUAGAUUCAAGAAAAUUGCAGACAAGCAGCAGGGUUUGACUCUAGGUUUCCCAUUGGGGUAGUGAAUUGAUUGUAAUCAGUGUCUGGUGUAAUGGUUAUGCUUGUAAUAGCUUAAAUUUGAGGUGCAUUUUCAGAUCACUUGAGUAGUGUUAGUGAUGAUGCCAUGGCAAUUGUCCGCUGCGUAGACACCGUUGUGUCCUAUCUGUGGGAAUUUGAGGCAAUGUAUCGGCGAUUUUCUGCCUAAAUCAAUCCACGAGACAGAGACCAUCACAGAGACUGGGGAAAAUUGCAAUAAAAUGGCAAAGAAAGUGCGUCUUUCAAUGCCAGCAGAAAUUCAUAAGGGGUUCAACCCCGUAUGGGUUUGUGAUGCUAGCUAAUGCCCCUUUUAGUAAAUAUUCGUGUUAUUUUCGCUGUAUAAACGAGUCAUUUACCACAUGUCUUUUGAAUUCUUUUCCAGUGAGUUCCAUGCCACAAAACAUGGUUGCCAUCUACCGCAUCUCCACGAAGUUUUCCGAGACCUUCCGCUACGAUUCUGCGCACUUGAGAAAGGUCGAUUUUGAUACCGCAAACGUACAGCUUGUGGUCAGCGGUCGCAAUCGCGUCACGCUUCAAUCUCAGACUGUUGCCUGUCUAACCGUGCCUCUGGCAAGCUGCGGUAAGAUGACCACUCCUCAAUGGCUUCCAUUAGUGUACAGGAUACUGUUGCCAAGUGGGCAGUAUGUCGAAGAGCAACAACCACUGCAACAAAGCAAGUCCUGGGAAGAUAGACGUAUGUAUAAAUUAUUUGCGAUCUAAUUACCGUAGAAACCCGAGUUUCCUUCACCAGUCAAACACCGUAAUUAAGGCCCGAUAAUUCGAACCGCGUCACUGGUGUAAAAGAGUUCAUAUAUAUUCUUCCACUUAACAGAGAAACUGAAAUUCGCGACUGAUAAACAGAAUAAUCAUAAUUUUGUCAUUGAUUUUUUUUCAGGCGCGACGUUAACACGGAGGAGUUCGGCCUGGGAUAACGCUAAACUGUCGAUGUCUAUGCCUAACAUAGAAUACGCAACGUCAUCAACCGCUACGUCACAGACGUUUCCACGAACCAGUCAUGGAGGGGAGGGCGGAUUCCCCGUGGACGGAUCAAAGAAAUACAAGAAGCACAGCGGAGCUGGAAAGAUGCUUAAAAAAGAAAUCAAACUGUUGAAAGGCAAGGGGAAUUACAGAUACGGGAACAGCGCAGCUAGGCAAGAGUCUGAAUAUGAUGCAAGAAAUGAUGAAACUGUUGUGGCUAGCUUUUGCAACGAUGAUUUUGAAGGCCGCUCGCGUGCGACUCUCCCGCCUCGACCAAACUACACCGGAAGGGACCCUAGUAGAACUGUAAGGGACCAAAGUAGAGAUAGUGCUGAUAGACUGCGAGAUCAACCCACACAGAGAGUGGAUGAGAGUAGAAGAAGUGGUGUUAGGAAUAGUUUGUGCGAUGAUGCACCGGAAGUAGUCGACUUGCAAGACCACGAGCAAGGCUCAAGACCGGAACUAGAACACAGGUCCUCGUUUGCUCGGUCUCUGAAGUACAGCCGAGCAUUUCAACAGCAGAAAUCUGCAUCUCAUCGGCAGGAUAUUGUCAUCGAUGAUAUGGAAAGCGAAGAUCUUGAAGAAGCACCGAAUGUUCCUUUUACAAUUAGUCAGUUUUAUGGACGUAACAGCGGAAUUACUUGUAGUUAAUUUAUAAUAUUGCAUAUAUAUUUUAAUCGUUAACCCAAGCCUUCGUCUCUCUUCAGUAUUUUCAUGUUAACACAUAAGUGUAAAAAUCUCCUGAAACAUCGAUUCUGCAACUGGCCAGCCAUCGAGGUAGUUUUUGCCGUUCGCGGUAAUUUUUGUUACGUUGGGAAGUUUUGGGAGUUUGAAGCUUGUGUUUGGUGAAUACAGUUUUGUUACUUAAGGAAAAACGAACAAAGACAUUUUAAUGCAUGGUAAUUGCAUUUUCUUUUAUAUAAAGUCAACUCGUGUAUUUAUUUUUUUACGUAAUUUCAACAAGACUUGUUUUCGAAGGUUGUGUCCCUACAGAGGGCGUAGUGUAUUUGUAAGUAAUUUAAACUGAAAAGAUUUAUAGAGUUAUUUUAUUAAGUGCUUUGAGAACUGAAGCAACUUUUUGUUAAACCAAAUUGAAAAUUUGAAAAAACAAUUUACAUAAUACAAUAAGUUUAGGAUAAUUAGAGUGUUAUGUAUUUAAAACACAUGCAAACAAAUGGAAAU